UCCGCCUGACAAGGGCUACUUCCGGAUUAGCGGCGAUCACUGCUCACUUCCAGUGAAAAGUGCGCUAGUCCACCCUCAGGCUUGGGUGGAGGCCAGCUUGCUGGCAGCGAUGCUAGGGGGCGGCUCUGGAGCCUGGGACCAAGAAACAGAGGGCGACGGGGAGGGGUCUCUGGCUGAGCCGCCCGCCAUCGACUUCCCCGCUGAGGGAGCGGAGCCCAAGUAUGAUGAGUCUGAUGUUCCAGCAGAACUUCAGGUAUUAAAAGAACCUCUACAACAGCCAAGUUUUCCUUUUGCAGUUGCAAACCAACUUUUGCUUGUCUCUUUGCUAGAACACUUGAGCCAUGUGCAUGAAACAAAUCCUGUUCGUUCAAAACAGGUGUUUAAAUUACUUUGUCAGACCUUUAUAAAAAUGGGGCUGCUGUCUUCUUUCACCUGCAGUGAUGAGUUUAGCUCAUUAAGACUGCAUCACAACAGAGCUAUUACGCAUUUAAUGAGGUCUGCGAAAGAGAGAGUUCGGCAGGGUUCUUAUGAAGAUAAUUCUUAUGUGCCGAAAAUCAGAUCCAGGGAAAUAGCCUUUGAAGCACAAACUUCACGUUACUUAAAUGAAUUUGAAGAACUUGCCAUCUUAGGAAAAGGUGGAUAUGGAAGAGUAUAUAAGGUCAGGAAUAAAUUAGAUGGUCAGCAUUAUGCAAUUAAGAAAAUCCUGAUUAAGGGUGCAACUAAAACAGAUUGCAUGAAGGUGUUACGGGAAGUAAAAGUGUUGGCAGGUCUUCAGCACCCCAACAUUGUAGGUUAUCACACUGCAUGGAUAGAGCAUGUUCAUGUGGUUCAACCCCAAGACAGAGUUCCUAUUGAGUUGCCCUCUCUCGAAGUGCUUUCUGACCAGGAAGAGGACAGAGAUAAACAUGUUAUAAAUGAUGAAAGUAGCAGUUCAUCCAUUAUCUUUGCUGAGUUUACUUCAGAAAAAGAAAAACACGUUGGUGAAUCUGAUGUUGAAAACCAGAAUAACAAAUUGGUGAACUAUACUACCAAUUUAGUCAUAAGGAACAACAGUGAAUUUGAGUCAUCCGUUGGCUUGGUUGAUUCGUCUGCUGGAUCAGUCGUUAAGCAUCAACCCCUACUCAGGCAUAACUCAGACCUAGAGGGAAACUUCACAUCUACUGAGGAGUCUUCUGGAGAAAACUUAAACUCAUUUGGGCAGACAGAGGUGCCGUAUCAUCUGAUGCUGCACAUCCAGAUGCAGCUGUGCGAGCUUUCCCUGUGGGACUGGAUCACUGAGAGGAACCAGCGGGCCCAAGACAGUGUGGAUGAAGCUGCCUGUCCUUAUGUUAUAGCCAGUGCUGCAACAAAAAUUUUUCAAGAAUUGGUGGAAGGUGUUUUUUACAUACAUAACAUGGGGAUUGUACACAGAGAUCUGAAGCCUAGAAAUAUUUUCCUUCAUGGCCCUGAUCAGCAAGUAAAAAUAGGAGACUUUGGCCUGGCCUGCACAGACAUCAUACAGAAGAACAUGUCCUGGACCAGCAGAAGUGGGAAGGUGUUUCACAGAUGCCUUUCUAAAAUCAUAGGAAUAUCCACACACACUUCCAAAGUGGGAACCUGUCUGUAUGCUUCACCGGAGCAGUUGGAAGGAUCUGAGUAUGAUGCCAAGUCAGACAUGUACAGCUUGGGUGUGAUCCUGCUCGAGCUCUUUCAGCCGUUCGGGACAGAGAUGGAGCGAGCAGCAGUUCUCACGGGUGUAAGAACUGGUCGGAUUCCUGAGUCGCUCAGUAAAAGGUCCCCAGUGCAGGCCAAAUACAUCCAGCACCUUACCAGCAGGAAUGCAGCCCAGAGACCAUCUGCUCAUCAGCUGCUGCAGAGUGAACUUUUCCAAACUCCUGGAAAUGCUAAUCUCACCCUACAGAUGAAAAUAAUAGAGCAAGAAAAAGAAAUUGAAGCACUAAAGAAGCAGCUAAGUCUCCUUUCUCAGGAUAAAGGGGUAAAAGGAUGAUGUAAAAAAUGAGGACAUUCUAGCUAGCCUUAAUUAAGGCUGUAUCAGUAACAUGAAAGUGGACUUAGAAUAGUCAACUGGAAUGUAAAUUUUCAAUCUUUGGUGUACAGAAUAUGAUUUCUUAGUUGUAUUUAAUAAGCUUGUAUAAGUCUUUUGAAAGCUGUAAAAGUAUAUACCUGGUUACCUUUUCCUUAAGUAGCUUUCAUGACCUAGACUCCUCAGAAUGAAGCCUAUUCUGAAAUACUAUUUCAACACCCCAGUAAGUCCGUGCCAUAAUUGACAGUCCUCAUGGUGUUGGAAACAAUCAUGCUGAAUAAACCAAUAUAAACCCAAA